AGCAAAAUUUAUCCUUUUUAUUGGAAAGACAAUAAAUUAGUCUUAGCCCAUAAUAUAUUGUACAUGGAAGUAAACUUUCAAACAAAUCUGAAUGGAUUGACGCUCCAAAGGUGAAAAAAAAUAGUGUUAUAAUCAAACUCAAAGGUCUCUUGCCUUUGGAAUUUUCCCCCUCCCUACUUUCUUCUACCUUCAUUUGAGUGUUUGUAUGGAUCAGCAUGUCCAUGAGCACGAUCUCUUGAUCAAUGGCUUCAUCUGUUUGUCCUCCUCCAAAGAUAUCAUCCCCAAGUGUGAUGGAUCUUCUAGCAUCAUCUUUGCAACCAAGUACCCUGCUAUUGACCAAGUCUGGUACUUCCUUGCCUGUUUACCAAUAUAUCUCCCCAGUUUGCCAUCAUAAUAUUCUGGCCAGCAAUCUUUCAGCAGGCGAGUCUCAGCAAGAUCAAUUGCACGCCUUGCAAUUUGUGGGCGGCCGGUUUUGAUGCAGGCAGCCGUUAGCAACCACAAGAGCACUGCAUGAAAAAGAAAAAAGAAAUUGCAGCACCAAAGAAAAGAGCGGCUUAUCAAAGUUCAAAUAUACUUUGAAAUGCAGAAUUCAAUAUCAAUAAAGUACAUAAAUGAAUGGCUGCAUGAAUUCAAAAAAAGCUUGAGUUUCACUGAAAACACAAAAAUGUCAUUAACGGUAAUACAGAUAAAAGUCCCCUACAAGCGGUGAUCUGGAUUUGGACCUGGACUAGACUUAGACAUUGAAUAAAGAGGCAGCCUUAACGUGUGGAUAAAAUUCGGGGAAGCUAUCUAAAGAGCUAUUGGCAAAUUUCCAUUGUAGUGAUCCUUAAACCUCAGUAUUGCAAACCAAAGCAGAUAUUGAACAGACUGUAGAGCUCAAGCUUCAUAAAUCUCAGUGACAUCCUACAAUUCCAGUUGAGUCCACCAGGGCCAGAGCUCGUAUUGAUUGUCAGAUGGCCAAAUUUUGAGGAUUUAUGAAAGUAAAACAGUCAAGUCCAC